GUGCUAAUGGUUAAUACGGUGCUUCUCAUAAUUAAUAAUAAUAUUUUACCUCGCCUUCAUCAGAUCUGGUUGUCUCUUUUAUGGUUGAGCCGCUCUUGCUUGCGUGCAUCUCGAUUAAUUUAUGGGGUAGCUUGUUGUCUAGCUCACAAGUACAGGUUCUGUCUAGUGUUGCAGCUGAUAUUCGAACUUGGGAUUUUUCAGUUUUUUUACUCACUAGGUCAUUCCCUUGGGCGGGGGUGGAUUUAUAGGGAAAUUUAUGGUGUUCAUGAACCUAUGGUCUCUCUACCAAAUUAGAUACUUUAUGUACAUAUUUCUUAGAAUUAAUCUAAUACUCCUAAAAGAUUAAAUGGUGCACUUGAUUGAAUGCUUAGUUAUUUACCUAAAGGAACAAUGAUCAAUUCUCACGUGAUGCUACAAGAAAAUCGUUUUUUUAGUGGUGCACCGAUGUUAUAGAAAUUCUAUAUAUCCUUAUCUGCCCUUGUGGACUCAUGAUAGAACUCAAUUUUCGAGUCAUUUACUAAAUAAUCUGUGCAGUAGAUUUUGAUUUCUAGGAUAACUUUUUUAUCAAGUUGCCUUAUCUCAGUUAGUCUCCAAUACAGCCCUUUAGUUGAUAUUAGUUCGUUAGAGUAAGUGGUAGUUAAUCUUCUAAUAGCUUGUUAUUUUUCAUGAUUAUUUAGUAAUGGAGUGUUAAAUGACAAGUUAUCAAGUGUAGUGAAAAUGUGCCCGAAUCCGACUAGUUUGGAGACGUGUUAUGUUGAUAGAUUUAUUGUUACUUUAUUAGAGAGACUAAUAUCUAAAGCUCUGUACUGACCCCAAAACCCCUUGAUGAUUUUUGAAGAAGACUUGUGAGAGCUAAAAGAUCACUAUGAUAUCUAAGCUUACAUAGAGUAAGAGAUUGUAUAAAGUAUAAACUGAUACUGGAGACAAACUGAGAAUGAUCUUGUGUAUAAUGAUCUAAGUUCGGUUAUGUGAUGUCUUUGUUCCUGAAUGGUGCUCACAUAAAUUUGCAGGAAAUGUCAUUCUUAAAGGAUAUUUUCAUUGAUAAUGAAGCCCAUUUUAUGGUGCUAAUUGUACAGAGCUCAUCAACAUUUUCAGGUUUGGAGUUGAAAUUUGAAACAUAGCGUAUCAUGAUUUCAAGCCUUUGAUGACUCAGACUGAGAUCUAAUUUUAGUAAUUUUAACGAGAGGUUUUGUUUGACUUAUUCGCGUGAAAUGGCAGAGCUUUUUGGAUAUACAGCAUGCAGACAAUUAUUGCAAAUGUUCAUUUCAAUUAUAUUCUUCCAUGUUUCCGAGUACAUUCUGGCACUUGUCUUUCAUGGGAAGUCGAAUGUAUCUUUUAAGUCGCUUUUGAUAAGCAAACAUUAUGCACUAGCAAUGAUUUGCUCCUUGAUAGAGUACCUUAUUGAAAUCUAUUUCUUUCCCGGCUUAAAGGAAUAUUGGUGGAUAAGUAAUUUUGGCCUUGCAAUGGUUGUUCUCGGAGAAAUCAUAAGGAAGUUGGCAAUUGUGACAGCAGGCCAAGCCUUCACUCAUCUAAUAAAGGUUUAUCAUGAGGAAAAUCAUCAGUUGGUUACUAAUGGGAUCUAUAGAUUUGUCCGUCAUCCCGGUUAUUGUGGUUUCUUCAUCUGGUCUGUUGGUACGCAAAUAAUGCUCUGUAAUCCAAUAUCAACCGCUGCAUUUACAGUUGUUGUGUGGAAAUUCUUCUCGGGAAGGAUACCUUACGAGGAGUUUUUCCUCAAGCAGUUCUUUGGUUCUGACUACGAAGAUUAUAUGAGAAAAGUUCCUUCUGGUAUUCCACUUGUGAGGUGAUUAUUCAACAAAUCCUCUUCAGGGCUCUAUAUACAUGCAUAACGUCAUCUGCUCAUCGGUGCUGAGAUAACACUGUUUAGGAAUUUUAUCGUCUUAGACACCCUUACAGUUUUCAUAAUGUGAAGUUUGCCAGAAAAAAGUUCCUCUUUAGAUAUAACUUCUGAGGUGAUGCUUCUAUUAACCCUUGUAGAGCGCGUUUAUCUUAUUUGUAUCAUCAUGUUUUCGUCGUAUCAUGUCUUUGUUAAGACUUAGCUAACUAGUCUUAUGGGGAGCUGUAAGUUAUAACUGUAUUUGUAGUUAUGGCUGAUGGGACAGUGUUUUUAUCACACUCUUAAGGAGAAGAAGGCUUUGUAACAUUUUCUUUAAUUUGUCAAUUCACUUCAUCUCAAUUAUGGUUUUUUUU